GCUGCAUAUGAUUUGGGGUUGCUCAAAAUGAUCUGGAAGUUUCAUUCCAUCUUAAAGUUACAUUCAUAUUUUGCAGAUUUUUGAAGGUUGAAUACAAAAAAUCUCUCUACAUAAUUGCAAUACUUUGAGGAGGAGCAUUUUCCCGCUCAAGUUUUCAGGGUCAUUUCAGCCGUACGAUUAAUUAAUAUAGAUCUAAGCCUUAUACACUUCAUUCUUUCUCUUCCCAUGUCUCAUCAUUUUCGAGCUCCGGCUUCGAUCCUCAUCAUUCUCCCUCACCACCGGAAACCAAAUCCCUCAAAGGCACAUGUUCGUCUUGCAUUCGCAUUUCUUACCUUAUAUCUUAUCGCUGCUCUUAUUCCUCUCCUGCUCCACCAAUCAAACCUACCCAUCUCAUGCUUUCUCCCUCACGUACCCCUUUAUCUCUUCGCUCUUGGCUCCGAUUUGCUUCUGGGUUUUGCCAAAUUUUCUGAAGAGGGAAAACCUAUGUUGGGAUGUGGAGUGUGUGGCGGAAUCCUUCUGGAAUGGUGAAGCAAAGAUGAAGGUUACAAUCCAACACUUUUGUGAUUAGCUUUCCGGAUCCCUAAAUGGAAGCUAAUAUGGGAUUCUUCCACCCUGAUUGGCAGUUAUUGUACUGUAGUUAUUAGGCCAUCAUCAAACUAAUAUUUACUCUUUCACACAUGGUCAAGGGACGUUCUUCCUAAAAGCAGAAUAUGCUCUCUAAUUUGACAUUCUUCACAUCUUCCAUCUGGCAUUCCUGUAAAGAAAGUUAACCCAAUUCUCCAUGCAUUUUCAGAAAUGAAGAAGGGAGGAUUGCAGAGGGGUGAAGGAAUCCAACCGGUGACAAAUGCCAUACUAGCUGGAAUCUUCAAUGAUCUGGAUAGUGGAAGCAAAUUGUAUGAUCUGCUUCAAGAGAAUUUUUACCAUAGUGCUGAUGGCAGAGUCCCCGCUUAGGAGAAAUAUUAAUGUGUACUUGGAGAUGAUGUAGUUAGUUUAACAAUACCCUUGACUCUUGAUACAUCAUUCAUGUAAUUAUUUUCCUUUUCUUUUUUGUUUAUUUACUUUUCUGUUGAAAGAGUAUUGCGAUGCAUUUGCAAUAUCUAUACUUUUCUGACG